AUGGAGAAAAAUGAAUUGUCUUUUCACCUGCGUUCAUUCUGUAAACAGGCAAAUAUUGCUUGCUCCACAAAUGCACUAGUGAAGAAGAUAACAGACAAUACAACUUUGCCGCCAAUAGCCCAAUGGAAUGAAGCCAAACUGAAAUAUGAUUUUCCUAAUGAAACACCCCUUUCUGUAGCCAGCCAAGGAGGAUUGCCAUAUUUCCGGGAGUCAAUGGUGAAAGAGGGAAGUUUCAUGCCCAUCCCUGAUCUAAGGGACCCUAUGUCAUAUAAAUCAUUCCUACCGCGAUCUCUGACCUCAAAAAUCCCAUUUUCCUUUGCCCAAAUCAAGGAAUUAAAGAAGCUUUUUGGUGUGGUAGAUGAAUCAAACAUGGAUAAAUAUAUUCAAGACACCCUUGGAACAUGUGAGAAGAGCCCCAUUCGAGGUGAAAAGAGAACUUGUGCGACUUCCGCCGAGGAUCUUAUUGAUUUUGUUUCCAAGGAAUUAGGGCACUAUGUUCAUUUAUGGAGUACUGAAAGUGUGGAAGGAUCAUAUGAGAAUGUCACAAUUGGAGCUGUGAAACUCAUAUAUGGAAAUCUUUCUGAAUCACCAAGCUUAUGUCAUAGCCAGCCAUUCAUAUUUCAAGUCUAUUAUUGCCAUAUUUUACAAAAAGUAAAAGUUUAUGCAGUUGAUAUACAUGCUAAGAAGAAAGUGAAUCAUGCGAUCAUGGCAUGCCAUUAUGACACAUCAACUUGGAAUCCGAAUCAUCUUGCUUUUAAGUUGCUAGGUUUUGGCCCGGGUCAAAUUGAAGUCUGCCAUUGGAUAAAUGAGAAUGGAAUAGUUUGGACAAAGACUCUAGGCUGA